AUGAGAUCCGCUAUUCUUUCGCUCGUCGGUGGCGCCGCGUCCGUCCUGGCUGCUACUCGCGGUUUCAACUAUGGAUCUCAAGGCAACACUUUGGAGACUUUCGAGGCUUCAUUCCGUACCCAGCAAGGUCUUGACACCACCAGUGGAUGGAACUCUGCCCGUCUUUACACCAUGAUCCAGGAUGGCACAGCCAAUACUGUUAUUAGUGCUGUUCCUGCUGCCAUUGCUACCAACACCACCCUUCUUCUUGGUCUUUGGGCAUCCGAGACUCAGGAUGCUUUCGACAACGAGCUCACUGCUCUCAAGAACGCCAUCAGCCAGUAUGGUUCUUCAUUCGCUGACCUCGUUGUUGGUAUCUCAGUCGGUAGUGAAGACCUUUACCGCGAGACCCCUGCUGGUAUUGCCUCCAACGCCGGUACUGGCCAGUCCCCUUCAGUCCUUGUCGACUACAUUGGUCAGGUUAGAUCUGCCAUCUCUGGCACUGUGCUUGGUUCCAAGCCUGUAGGCCAUGUCGACACCUGGACUGGAUACACCAACUCCUCCAACUCUGCCGUUAUUGCUGCCGUCGACUUCAUUGGUCUCGAUGAAUACCCUUACUACGAGAACACCGAGGCCAACUCGGUCUCAAACGCCAACUCUCUCUUCUUCGAUAAGUACAACGCCGUCGAGGCUGUUGCCAACGGCAAGCCUAUCUGGAUUACCGAGACUGGCUGGCCCACUUCUGGUGCUACCGAGAACCAGGCCGUCCCCAGCGUUGACAACGCUGAGACCUACUGGAAGUCUGUUGCCUGCGAGUUGCUCAGCCGCAACAUCCCUACUUGGUGGUACAUUCUCCAGGACUCUGCUUCUCCUGACUUCAGUGUCCUUCAAUCCGGCGAGACUCCCAAGUACGAUCUCUCAUGCCCCAACGUCGCCACCAGCAGCUCGGCCGCUCCUACCAGCUCGGUCGCCAGUGCCACUAUGCCCACCUCUGCUGCUGACAGCACCACUCUCUCGAUCACCAACGCUGUUCCCACUGGUGGUGUACCUUCAUCGGUCGCAGCUACAUCCGUUGCUGAUGACGGUGAGACUGUCACCAUCUUCUCCACCACCUUGAUCACUGUCACCAACUGCGGUUCUACCGUUUCGGACUGCACCAGCACCGGCAUGACCUCUGUCAUCUCUGCCAAGCCCAGCGUUACCUCUGCUGCAGGCUCAACCGUUGUUCCCAGCGGAACUCCUGCUGCUUCUGGCUGCCCUGCCGAUAUCAACGGUGCUUACCAGUUCCCUCACUUGAUUGUCCCCGUUGAUGCUGCCAACCCUAACAAGGCCUACGGCACUCAGUACAACGCUACCAUCAACUCCAAGGUUUCCACCAUCUUCAACUUUGACAUUCCCGCCUCCUACGCUGGCAAGACUUGCUCGACUGUCUUCCUCUUCCCUCAGCUUGACCAGCUCGAGACUUCCAGCUACUCCUUCAACGACAAGGGUGGUUUCACCAUUGCUGUCUUGAACGGUGUCGCUAACGAGUCCACCACCUACGCCAACGCCCCUGCUGUUGCCAAGCAGAUCGGCUCUGUCGAUGCUCUGAAGCGUGGUUCUUCCUACACUCUCAGCCAGGAUGCCUGCCCUGCUGGCACCAGAGUUUCCUUCGAGGUUACAUCCACUGGCGGCCUUGAUUUGAGCCUGUUCGAGGACUACAACCCCUCUCCUCUCGGCCUCUACGUUCGUGCCUGCUAA